AUGCCGAGAACCUUGCCCUGGCUUCGUAACGGGAACGGCGACCCCGUGAAGAAAGAGUCAACACCGCGAAAGCGCGUCAAACCGGAGCCCAGUCCUGAUCGCGACAUCACUCCUAAGAACCCCCCAUUGUCUCCCAACAAGCGCGAUUUCUUCAGAUCAUCUCAAAGUCCGCCGACCUCACCGCUCAGACAUUGUCCCCCCGAAGAGUUUCUUAUUGAAGGGAUUGAGCACGACGAUGGCUGGGUCAUGGUUGAAGACGAGUUCUACGCCGUUGCGCAAACGUUCACACAGCAUCUACAUCAUGCCGAAUACCUACGACGAAGGAAGGAAGUGAAAGCCGCCAAUGCAGCCGGAAUAAAAGACAUUGAAAGACACACAGACGGUCGUACACCUUUGCCGAAGGGAGUUGAAUGGAGAAGAGAAGCUGAGACGCUGAGGGAGCGUCAAAAAGCUGGACUCGCGAAGAUGGGGGACCCAGGAGCCGACCAGAACGACGAGGACGACGAUGAUGAGAGAUGGGCUGGAACACAUCUCCAUGAUCUCAUGACCAGUCCACGAAAAUCACGGGCUCUAGCUGGUGUUUCCGCGCCGAAGUCGUCCACCAGAGCUGCUGCGGGCUUUGGUCAGGCGCCUCUCUCGAGCACUGGACGAGCUCGGGUGAACAGUAUUGGGAGCGUCACUGCUGGAUCAAUGGAACCAUCUGUUGAAAACAUUGACAUAAGUGAAGAGACAGCCUCGGGUUCAGAUGACGAUCUUGACCUAGACACUCUACCGGUCGUACUACCGCCGCCCAAGAGAACGAAAGUCGUGCCACAACAAGACCGAGCUGACGUUCAGACAACGCCUCGGGCGGACCAGAAAUCAAAACCACAAAACUCAAAACUACAAAGCACUUCUACGGUGAAACGGGCAGCAGCGCCAGUACGGGGGCGACCAGGUCCAGUGAACAGGUUCAAAUCGAGAGUCCAAUCGCUUUUUGAUGAGCUUGAUGAACUGCCAGAGUCAUCUCGGUUAGAUGCAUCUGUGUCUAUUGGUAACAAAGAACCUUCUGAAAAACAAUCGUCUGUAACAGGCGAGGGGAACAAUUCAACCCCCAAAAAUCCCCGACACAAUGAAGUGCCUACCUUCUUAGUGUGA